UUGCUCGUUUUCCCAACCGUCCUCCCUUCGUACCUUAGCAGCUCUCAAUUUUUAUUUUCUAUAUAACAUUUAGGGUUACUCAAAUGAUUUCACUGACAUAUUUGGCGUAAAUAAUAUAGUUCCUUGUUAUAAACAAACGUGAGUUAAUUUUUUAAACAAUUAUAGCUAAUGUCAAUAUAGAUGUCGUUCAGAGUGGUUCGUAGUUCAAAAUUCCGCCAUGUAUAUGGUCAGGCCCUUAAAAGGGAACAGUGUUAUGAUAACAUCAGAGUAUCGAAAAGUUCGUGGGACUCUACGUUUUGUGCUGUAAACCCCACUUUCCUGGCCAUCAUUGUAGAGUCAGCCGGCGGCGGAGCCUUCAUAGUUUUACCGCAUAAUAAGGUCGGCCGCAUACCAGCAGAUCAUCCUCUAGUGGGAGGACACAAGGGUCCAGUGUUGGACAUAGCGUGGUGCCCCCACAACGACAACGUCAUCGCCAGCGGCUCCGAGGACUGCGUUGUUAAGGUAUGGCAAAUACCGGACGGUGGACUGACCCGUACGUUGACGGAGCCUGUGGUGGAUCUCGUGUAUCAUCAGCGACGCGUGGGCUUGGUGCUAUGGCAUCCAACCGCUCAGAACGUGUUGCUCACUGCUGGCUCCGAUAACCAGAUAGCGAUCUGGAAUGUUGGCACUGGCGAGGUCUUGCUGAGUCUGGACUGUCACCCUGACCUCAUCUACUCCGCUUGCUGGAACUGGACGGGCUCCAAGCUGCUCACCACCUGCCGUGACAAGAAGAUUAGGAUAAUAGAUCCUCGCAAGGGAGAAGUGGAAUCAGAGGCCAUAGCUCACGAAGGCAGCAAAGCGUCCAGAGCAAUCUUUUUAAAGCAUGGACUGGUGUUUACCACUGGAUUCAGUCGCAUGUCCGAGCGUCAGUACACUCUCCGUACACCGGACGCCCUCGGAGAACCUAUCGUGACGGUGGAGAUUGACACAAGUAACGGAGUCAUGUUCCCACUCUACGAUCCCGACACCAAUCUCAUCUACCUCUGCGGGAAGGGCGAUUCGGUCAUCAGAUAUUUUGAGGUCACCCCAGAGCCGCCUUUCGUCCACUACAUUAACACCUUCCAAACACCGGACCCACAGAGAGGUAUUGGUAUGAUGCCCAAGCGCGGCUGUGACGUAGCUACGUGCGAAAUAGCGAAGUUUUACAGACUUAACAACUCUGGUCUCUGUCAGGUGGUUUCGAUGACCGUGCCGCGUAAGUCUGAGUUGUUCCAAGAGGACUUGUACCCUGACACAUUGUCCGAUGAAGCUUCAUUGACGGCCGACGAGUGGCUCGCGGGUGAAGACGCCGAACCCUGCACCAUGUCGCUGAAGGAGCGUGCGCUUAUUGUACAGGGUGGUUACGUAGCGGGAAGGGCGCACAACCUCACCGUGACCAAGAGGAACGCGCUGGCGACCGCCAGGGAUAAGGAAAAGGAGAAGGAGAAGGAAAAGGAUAAGGAGCCCGAGAGGAGCCCCACCCCGGGCCAGAGGGACACACCCGCCACGCCGGCCGCCACCCCACCGCCAGCCUUCACCGCUAUGGUGGAGAAACAACUAUCGGACCUGGUGGAAGAGAUCCGUAAGCUGAAAUCGGUUAUAGUGAAGCAAGAGAACCGUAUACGGGCACUAGAGGCUACGGUUAAGGGACAAGUGGCUGCAGCCACACCAGUACCCGCUGAUCACAACCACGACGACAACAUGGCGCCCGACGAGGUCUGAACACAAGCACACUAAAAACAAACCCCCUGUACCAUCAUCAUACCAGGACAUCUAUACAACAACCUGUAUAUACAAUCAGGACUAACUGUGACUCAUUUGAAACACACCAGGAUAUCUUUACAACCUGGAAUUAAUUCAGAUUUUAUAAUGUUAAAUAUUUGUUUAUGUUUUUAUAUUUCGAUUAAUCGACACUACUAUGAUACUUCCGGUUUUUUUCGAUGUCUUUAGUCCGUGACGUAUGUAUAUCAAAAUUAUGCAUUAGGGAUAAAUGUUUAUUGAUAUCGAUUGCACAUGCAAAAUAAAAAAAAAAACUGAUUAAAAAGUAUUUAUACUUUAUACAGAUUAUUGUUUUAUACAAUUAAAACUCUUAUAUCAGAACCAUUUGUUGAUGACUAAAAUUUUGUAUUUUGAUUGCAAUUGAAGACAAUGGGGGAUGGAGGCUAUUAAAAAAAUAUAUGACAAAAUUGAGUUCAUAGAUUCGCUGAAACAUUCAGACGUAUAUCAAAACAUAUCUUACGCAGUGGUUCGAAAAAAAAAAUGUGUAAAGCUUUGUAAGUACUAUCAUAUUGUAAUAAUAAGAGAAAAAAAUAUUUGCAUAUUUUAUUUGAAGAAUUAGUUUUUUUAAAUAUGCUCAUAAUAAUAAACAAAUUACGAUCUAUAAGAUUCUUCCGUGCCUCGAUAUCGACCUUCUUACAAGUGACAUCUUGAUUUAUAUAGACGCUUUGUGGGAAUCUUAUCAACUUUCUUGUUAUCACCUCAUUCAUAGUUACUUCGUCAUGUGUCUCUCUGUAUAAUUGUCUACAUCAAUUCUGAUCCAUAGCACGUCAUUCUAAAACUUACUUUUUAAUUAUCCGUAUCCUUUUGCUAUGAUCCACUUGUCAUUCACUUCAAAGAUAUCUACUACCUUAAUACAGUCAGUGAAUGUAUUUUUCAUGAACCUGGUUCUGUAAUGCUUUGAUAGCGUCCAGGUUUAUAAAUUUCAUAGCCUUUAUGCACGUACUGUUCUCCAACAAUCCCAAACGGAAUCUGAAUAAAAAUUUACGUGGUGUAGAGUAUUCACCUGUAAAGUAUUUAUGAUCAAUCUUUCUUUAUCUACAUAUUCACUCCAUGCCAAAGACAAAUAUCUCAUCAUUAGUCAGUUUCUGUAUUUUUCUUCCGUCGACUACAACUGCACAUUUUUCUUGUUUUGGUCACCAGUACCAUUCCUCGGAUAUCCCAAAAAGCAAUUCUAUGACAUUUACUUUAUUACAUACAGGCGAUCUUCUUUUCGACACUUGUUCAGUCCAGUAAUUUGCAGUCCAUUUCGGUGACAUACGAAACAGAAAUUACAAAGUGAAAGAAAAGUGACAUCUCUAAAUAUAGACUAACUAUUAACAAAAUGUUGCUAUUUCGAUCUGCAGUCCAGAUUUGUUGACUUAAUACCGCUUUUCAUAUACGCUUCGGAGUUUUUUGUUUGUCGAACACACAAAGUAUAAAUAUAAUGCCAAACUUCCUCUAUAACUUUCACAAGUGAAGCGAAAUAUUAACUUGUACGAUAUUCUUUUAAGGUUUUUGAAAUUACUACAAAGGGAAUUUAAAAUGUUAGGUAAUACACAAAACCUUCGUUCAGCCAAGUCUUCAGUUGCUCCUGAUUUAUUGUAGUCAUGGAUAAUGGAUAGAUAUUUUAAACUGUGCCUUAUGAAUAACUGUAUACAGGUACAAAGAACUGAGAUUAAAACUUACCAAAAUAUUUAAUUCUAAACACUAUUGAUAGAUUGUAUUCCGACCUUUGUUAUCACAUUAUGAAUACAAUUACCUUUAAUCGUCAUGUGAACCAUUUUUUUAUAGUAUUUAUAACACUUUCAAUAUAAAUAGUAACUCAUAGUUUAUAAGUUUAUUAACAAAUGUCUUAUAAUUGAUAAUGGUGCUUUCUAUUCCUAUCAGCUUCUGAAUUGAAUGUAACAUAGCUUUUAUUAUAUAGAAUGUUUCUAAUAUAAACAAGCUUAAGUCUUAAUGCAGUCAUGAUGUCAAUGGCAGGCAUUACAUUAAAAUGUACUAUCGCGACCGUAACACAGCUAGUCAAGAUAUAUUUUGACAGGUAAGUUAUGCUCCCGAAGCAAGUAUUAUAGUUUAAAAGAUAGUAUUAUUAUUGAACCCUUUUUUUUUUUGUAAUAUUAAGAUGGCGUAAUUUUAGAUGUUCUAUUGUAAGAUCAUGACAAGGCAGUGUAUUUUAGAUUGUAUGAAAUGCUUUUUGUGUAAAUUAUUUCUUUGUUAUUUUGUAUGUGAUGCUUCUUUGUAUUACUGUUUUUUUUUUUUUUUUUGAGUAAUGUAAACCUUACAUUUUGCAGGAAUUAUGAGCUAUUGUAUACUUAUUACACAUUUUAUUUGCGAGUUUCAUUAAUGUUUUCAUGACAAUAACAUUUUGACAGAAGAUGUGCCAAAUCUCAUCAGAUGCAUGCUCAAUGUCUGAAAGUUUGUAAGUGCUCUUUCACAUGGCCGGUUGUUUCUUCUUUAAAGUUCUUUAUAUUAGUUGUUUGAGUUUGAAAGUAUUUUGAUUUAUAUAUAAAAAAGUCGUUAAAUUUCACACAAAAACGGCUAGUGUGGUAGAGCACUGACAUUGUAUUUCAUAUGAACGAACUAUCGCUUUUGUACUAAAUAAAUAUAACUGUCUGUAUCCGCAGACGCUGGUCGUGUAAAUAAACAUAGGCGUUUUUAUAAAAAAAUAUGUUAUAAAUUGAAAAUAGUAAAAUAAAAGCGCACAAUAUAGUUAUCAGUAUCUUAAUUUGUAGAUAUCUUUCAUAAUCAUCAUUAUCAUCAGCCUAUCAAAGCCCACUGCUGAGCAAAGGCCUCUUCUCUCAUGGAGAAGGUUAGAGCAUUAAUCACCUUGCUUGCUCAAGACGGGUUGGCGAUUUCAAUCUUAUAAUUUGAAAUUAUAAGACCACGUUUCCUCAUGAGGUUUUCCUUCACCGUCUAUCAGUGGUGUCUAAAUACUCUUAGAAAGUACAUAUGAAAAGAUCACAUUGGUACUUGCCAGGUUUCGAACCCGCGCCCUCACGUGUGAGAGGCGGCGGGCCUCUAACCUCGAGGCCACCACGACUUUUAUCUUAUAUAUCUUUGAGAUAUUGAUUUAUUUAUAAGAUAUUUUCUUUUGAAAUUAUUAUUCUUAUUGAAACAUAUUUUUCUUAAGUAUUCAUAGAUAUCUUUCAUGUAAUAAUUAUUUAUUUCUAUAUAUAAAAAAAAAAAUCAAUAAGUGUUCACUUAAUGUUAAAACGAAAACUAUUUUAUAAGAAUAAAUGCAGGAUCAAUAUUAUCUAUCGUUUAUUAAUAUUGUCGCAACAGAAUCGUUUUUGUUUUGAAUGUUAUUAUUUGGCUCUUACCAAUUGAAAUACUGGUGCUAGAUAUAAACAAGUGCUAAAUGUAGGAUAGAAAACAAUGGGCGGCUUUUAUAAAAUAAAAUUAGCCAAUACGAUGAAUGAUCUAUGUAAUGUGAUUUUUUUUCAGCAAUCAAAAGAUCGAGUGAUUUUUUUUUAGUGCCUUCUUGUUAAUACUCAAUAACAAUCUUAUUAUACAACUGGAACAGAAAUAAAUAUCUAUUUUACUAUUUUCA